AUGCAGAAGAGAUUUGUUCCCCAGUCGUACAAGCAAGAUCAGUAUCUCCUGAUGAACAACCUGAAGCAAGGUACUAAAGAAGUUGUAGAGUAUAUCAGAGAAUUCGAGCAACCAAAGACUCGAACUGGUGUGAAAGAAACUGAAGAGCAUACUAUCGCCAGAUUCAUUGGUGGGUUGAAUGCUACCAUUUCAGAAAGGAUAGAGUUGCAGCCUAUCUGGACAUACGAAGGAGCUUGCAAAUUGGCUCUCCAGAUUGAGAAGCAACUGAAGAAGAAAGUCCAAUACAAACCUUUCACUAAGAGGGCACUCACUGCUAAGGAGAUUGGAAGCUUACCAGAUGUUGAGACUGAAGAAGGUGAACCAGUGUAUGUUGACGAUGAAAUUGAAGACACAUAUGUUGGUGCAGAUGUUGGAGAAAUGCUGGUAGUCAGAAGAGUGAUGCGUGCUAAUGAAGUUGUAACUGAUACUACCCAGAGAGAAAAUAUCUUCCAUUCCAGAUGUACUGUUAAAAACAAGGUGUAUGACAUGAUCAUUGAUGGUGGAAGUUGUGCUAAUACUGCUUCAACUUAUAUGGUAGAAAAACUGGAGUUACCUACCACAAAACAUCCUCGUCCAUAUAAGUUGCAAUGGCUCAGUGAAGGUUCAGAGGUAAAGGUUAACCGUCAAGUCACUAUUCCUUUUUCCAUGGGAUCUGUUUAUGAAGAUAAAAUUAUUUGUGAUGUUGUUCCUAUGGAUGCUUGUCAUAUUUUGUUGGGUAGACCAUGGUUAUUUCACAAUUAUUUAUUUCAUAAUGGUCGUGCAAAUUCUUAUUCAUUGUUUGUAAGUGGUAAGAAGGUUAGUUUGACUUCUCUGAAACCCAACGAGUCACUAAAAGUUAAUAAGAAAGACCAGCCCAGCAAGUCUUUAGUUAUGUCCCAAACUAAAGUUGAGGAAGAGUUAACUGGAGGCUCUCCAGUUAUGAUGUUACUGGUGCUUGAACUUACUGAAGACAAGGAGUUCACUGGAGUCCCUAGUCUCCUGAAGUCUCUACUGGAGGAAUUCACUAAUGUUUUCCUAGAAGACUUACCUGAAGGUUUGCCGCCAGUUAGAGGUAUAGAACACCAGAUUGACCUAGUUCCAGGUUCAGUGCUUCCUAACAAAGUUGUUUAUCGAUGUUCACCAACCGAAGCAAAAGAGUUACAAAGAUUGGAUGAUAUGCUUGAUGAGUUACAUGGCUCCAGUGUGUUUUCAAAAAUUGAUCUCAUAAGUGGUUAUCAUCAGAUUAGAAUGAGUGAUGGAGAUGAACAGAAGACUGCAUUCAAAAUCAAAGGAGGCCUUCAUGAAUGGUCAGUAAUGCCUUUUGGUUUAUCUAAUGCUCCGAGUACUUUCAUGAGAAGAUUUAUCAAGAAUUUAUCUUCAGUUGUGGCUCCAAUUACUGAUUGUCUGAAGAUGGGUGUGUUUGACUGGCCAUGUUCAGCCCAGUUAGCAUUUGAGUCACUGAAGGAAAAGCUCAGUUCAGCUCCAAUAUUAUCUUUGCCAGAUUUAGAUCAGUUGUUUGAGUUAGAGUGUGAUGCCAGUAGUGUGGGUAUUGGUGCAGUUCUGGUACAAGCAGGGCGUCCAGUGGCAUAUUUCAGUGAAAAGCUAAAUGGUUCUAAAUUAAAGUAUAGCACUUAUGAUAAAGAGUCUUAUGCAAUUAUUCGUGCUAUUACUCACUGGUCUCAUUAUCUGAAGCCAAAACAGUUUGUCUUAUUUCCUGACCAUGAAGCACUGAAGUUUAUUAAUGGUCAACAGAAGCUUAAUGCCAGACAUGCAAAAUGGGUGGAAUUUUUGCAGUCUUAUUCAUUUGUUUCUAAAUAUAAAGCUGGAAUGUCUACCGCAAAUGCAAACUCUUCUUCCUCAUUUCUUUCUACUUGUUGCCUCAAGGGUCCCCUUGAAAAGGAUAAGCUUACCGGCUUGAACUUUAUUGACUGGCUUCGCAACCUAAGAAUUGUUCUUAGGAUGGAAGAUAAGAUCAGGGCAAUAGAGGAACCCCAUCCUAAAGAGCCACAUGCUAGAGUUGCACAAGCGACAAGGGACGAGUUUGAGAAUCGUCGUACCUAA